AUGGACGAAGAUUCCCAAGAAGACUCUGACCGAGUAGAAACACCGUUAAGAAUCAUUCCAGGACCGGUAGAAUGGGAGGACUCGAACUCUCUGGCGCCACCAGAUCUCGUGCAAGAUAACAAUGCUCAAAAUAGUGACAUUGAAGCAACUACUUCUAGCAAUAAUGAAGCAAGUAAUGAACCAAGGGAUUUUAAUUGGCGGCCAAAUAUGGGAGUCGAUAAUGACAACUCCAACUCCUCUCAAGUGCGAUACUCUGAAGCCGGAGCUACGGUACGAGAACUGGCUCCCCUCGUUCCUUGGAGACCAGGUCUCGGCAUCAAUGAUGACUCUAGUUCUGCUUUUGAACAUUCAGAGGAAAGUAACACAGAAACCGUAAAUCAAGAAUCAGUCAGUCUAGCAUCAUUCCCGGACGCUGAUACCAAGAAAGAUGAAUCUCUAGACGAACCUCCCGCUAAAGUUAGGAAAAUAAGUUCGCCGAUUCGUAACGAUGACAUGGAUGGUGAGACUUGCCCAAUUUGUUUAGACACUUGGGGCAACUCUGGAGACCAUCGAUUGGUGGCUCUGAAAUGUGGUCAUUUAUUCGGCGCGCAGUGCGUUGAAAGGUGGUUGAAGGCUCAGAGCACAAAAGACAGAUCCUGCCCGACUUGUAAGAGCAAGGCGACUUUGAAAGAUUUGAGAUUUAUUUAUGCUAGAAAAUUGGUGGCGGCGGAUACGACGCAAAUGACGACAUUACAAAAGCAGAUAGAAAACCUUCAAGCUGAAAAAAGUAGAACAGAACUGGAACUCCAAAAGUCUAGAAUAGCUUAUCGGGCCUGUGCGCUGCAGUUAGAAGUCCUCAGAAGUACCCUGAUGAAGAGUCAAGGUACAAAAGAACAAGCUCCGAGACGGUCUUGGCGGUUCGCGUUGGAGAAAAAUAUUGAGAUAUGCAAAAACAGUGACUGUAGAGUCCUGACAUUUAAUAACAGAACUUGCGAAAUAUAUGUGUCCCAGAAGAGCAACACUAGUCUUUUUCCCGGUUAUGGUAUUAGAAAGAUCAGCUGUGUUGAUUAUAAACUUGGCCAGUUCGUUAAUUUGCACGUAAAACCAAUAAGAGAUGUGAAAUAUUCGCAGCCAAGGGAUUUGCUUCUAAGCGUGGGACUGGACAGUGCGGCGCGAAUCGUUGAAAGGGGCAUCCCAAGUAUGUCCAUACAAUGCGGCCAGUCUUUAUGGUCUUGCUCAUGGGACUUCUUGCGCAGUCACGAGUUCUACGUGGGCGGUCAAGGAGGCGUGGUCCACCAUUAUGAUGUCAGGAAUCCGAGAACGUAUAUGCAUACAAUGAACGCUCCAGGAGACCUGUCCCCGGUUGUCUCGCUGUGUUCGACGGAAUAUGGCCUACUGACUUGUCAGCUAAACUCCAGUUGGCUUUGGGUAGCUAAUACGGGGGAAAGGGAGCCCCGACCGUUGCCAGUCGACGGUCCCUUUAUGUCCCUUAGAUAUGAUAAUGAAUCUCAUAGAGCACUUUUGUCUCGUCGAGGGGGUGUUAAUGAGAGAUCAAGACUGACGUUAUGUAGACUGAAGGCAAGCGUGCCCAGCGGCGAGAUAGUUUUCGACGUGGAUCAGACGUUCCCUGGUUCACAUCGGUCAGCACUCAUGUCCAGGAGUGCGUUCGUUAAAGCUCCUGGACAGACAUGGGUAGCCGCCCAUUCGGAGAGUGACUCGGCUCUUUACCUCCACGGCCUAGAUGGUGCGAGGACCCUGUCCCUCCCGGCUGCUGAACCAGUUCUAGAUGUAUGCUCUACUCAGAUGAAUGGGGAAACAAUACUGGCAGCGCUGUCUGAAUCCAGACUCAGACUGUACAGAGCCAUACCGACUAACUUGUGACGGACGAUCUAUUAAUCACAUUGUUAUCAAGGACAUUUAAGUUUGUUUUAUUUGAACGGGACUUACCGAUCAUUACCAAUAUUUCGAUGAUAGCAGUGCCAUGGUCACGGGAUGACAGUGUGGGGGUUUGAUGGUCAUGGUAAAUCCUGUUUAAAUGGCAGUGUUAAUUGUGACGGUUAAAAGAAAAAAACUGAGAAAUAGUUUUGUAAGUCUUUGUUUUAAUUUAAAUUAACUGUUGUGGAAAUCUUUAUGUGCUGAAUAUCUAGUUUUUUUAGUGAUUUUUGUUGUAUAAUUGUGUUGUAAUUUAAUAAAAAUAUCUAUUUUUUUU